ACCACCCAACUAACUCUCUCUCUCUCUCUCUCUCUGAAAUUAAGCAGAGUUGAACAUACAUAAAGACAUAGAUAGUGCAGAGCAGAGCAAUUCGAGGCUACCCAUUUUCCUUUUAUUCACUAUAUAUACAGAAAAAUCAGUCCAAAUUAAUCUCAGUUUCUCUUUGCAUUGAGGGGGGAAAUGUCGGUGAGUUACACGGUGAAAGUGGAAGAAUCGAGGCCGGCGACCGGCGAAAAGCCAUCGGCGGGGCCGGUGUAUAGGUGCAUUUAUGCGAAAGAUGGUCUCAUGGAAGUGCCGGCAGGAAUGCAGUCCCCAUGGGAGUUUUUCAGUGAUUCUGCUAAGAGGAACCCAGAAAACCGCAUGCUGGGACGUCGCAAAAUCAUCGAUUCAAAGGCUGGUCCCUAUGUGUGGAUCACGUAUGGGGAGGCUUAUGAUUCUGCCCUAAGUAUGGGCUCUGCUAUUCGGAGCCGUGGUGUCAAUCCUGGAGACAGGUGCGGUAUAUAUGGAUCCAAUUGCCCCGAAUGGAUAAUCUCCAUGGAGGCUUGUAGCAGCCAUGCCAUAACUUAUGUGCCACUGUACGACACACUAGGUCCUAAUGCUGUGGAGUUCAUCAUCAAUCAUGCUGAAGUUUCGAUAGCUUUCGUUCAAGAGAACAAGAUACCUGCUGUACUAACAUGCCUUCCUAAGUGUUCUUCAUAUCUAAAAACCAUUGUCAGCUUUGGAGAGAUUUCUGGCAUUCAAAAGAAGGAAGCUGAAGACCUAGGUGUAUCUUGUUUCUCUUGGAAAGAAUUUGCUCUAUUGGGACGUUUGGAUCAUGAACUUCCUUCAAAACAGAGAACUGACAUCUGCACAAUCAUGUAUACAAGUGGAACGACAGGAGAGCCUAAAGGUGUUAUCUUAACUAACGAGGCUAUCAUGGCAGAAGUUUUGUCUACUGAUCAACUACUAUUAGAAACAGACAAAGCGUGUACGGCAGACGAUUCAUACUUCUCCUUCCUUCCUUUAGCCCAUGUGUAUGACCAGAUAAUUGAAACCUACUGCAUCUCCAGGGGCUCUUCAAUAGGAUUUUGGCAAGGCGAUGUCAGAUAUUUGAUGGAGGACAUUGUUGAACUGAAGCCAACCUUUUUUUCUGGGGUUCCUAGGAUUUAUGACCGGAUAUACACAGGUGUCAUGGGUAAAAUUUCAUCGGGAGGAGCAUUGAAGAAGGCAUUGUUCCAGUAUGCAUAUAAUUACAAAUUGGGGAAUCUGGAGAAGGGACUGAAACAGGAUGAAGCGGCUCCUCUCUUGGACAAGCUUGUCUUUAAUAAGAUCAAGCAAGGAUUAGGGGGGCAAACUCGGUUAAUGUUAUCUGGAGCUGCACCUUUGUCAAGACACGUGGAGGAGUUUCUGAGGGUUUCAUUCGGCUCUGUCCUAUCACAAGGAUAUGGUCUUACUGAGAGCUGUGGUGGUUGUUUUACAUCCAUAGCUAAUGUGUUUUCUAUGGUGGGAACUGUUGGAGUUCCCAUGACAACCAUUGAGGCAAGGCUGGAGUCGGUGCCAGAACUGGGAUACGAUGCGCUUGCUAGCGUGGCACGUGGUGAAAUCUGCCUGAGGGGGAAAACCUUGUUCUCUGGUUACCACAAGCGCCAAGACCUAACUGAAGAAGUUCUUGUGGACGGAUGGUUCCAUACAGGUGACAUUGGAGAAUGGCAGCCGAAUGGAGUAAUGAAAAUCAUUGACAGGAAAAAGAAUAUUUUUAAGCUGUCUCAAGGGGAAUAUAUUGCAGUGGAAAACCUUGAAAACACAUACUCGCGAUGCCCUCUUGUGACAUCUAUUUGGGUCUAUGGGAACAGUUUUGAAUCUUUCCCGGUAGCCGUGGUGGCUCCUGAUCGAAAGGCAUUGGAGGAAUGGGCAGCAAACAAUAACCAAACAGGAGAUUUCAAACAGUUGUGUGAAAACUUGAAGGCGAGGAAAUACAUUCUAGACGAGCUCAAUAGCACCGGUCAGAAGAACAAACUGAGAGGCUUUGAAAUGUUGAGAGCAGUUCAUUUGGAGCCGAAUCCUUUUGACAUUGAGAGGGAUCUUGUAACUCCAACAUUUAAACUGAAGAGGCCGCAGUUGCUGAAAUACUACAAGGGGUGCAUUGAUGAACUCUAUGAGGAAGCUAAGCGAAGAAUGGAAUGAUGUGUUAGAAUGUGAUAUCCGGAUAUAGAGACAACCGGCAUAUGCUUCAGAGUCUGAUUUCAGUAAAAGAAAUCACAAAAACACAUGCUCCCCCAGCAAGUUUGGAUGCCUUAUUCUUGCUCCUGGUUUUGUAUAUAAAUAUAUAUAGCAUCUGAAUGAAGUUUCCCCUAUCUGUAUGGUACUGUAUUUACGAAUCAUAUCUUUUCAAUAAUUCAUAAUUGGCAAGACACAUCCUCUGUUUAACA